CGGGGGACAGGUGCCGCCGCCCCCGCCCGGCCGCCUCCCCCGGGGCGGCCUCCGGGCUGCGGGGCCUAUAAAGGCGGCGGGUUUUCUCAAUGAAGCCGGGACACGCCGAAGGCAGGUCGUGCCCAGCUGCGCUGCCUGGGAGCCCGGCCGCGCUGUCCCCGCCCUCCGUGCGCCAACAUGAAGCUCAUCGUGGGCAUCGGAGGCAUGACCAACGGCGGCAAGACCACUCUGGCCAACGGCCUCCACCGCUCACUGCCCAACUGCUGCGUGAUUCACCAGGAUGACUUCUUUAAGCCCCAAGACCAAAUAGCGGUUGGGGAGGACGGCUUCAAACAAUGGGACGUGCUGGAGUCYCUGGACAUGGAGGCCAUGCUGAGCACCGUGCGGGCCUGGCUGAGCAACCCUCAGAAGUUCGCCCGCGCCCACGGGGUCAACGUCCAGCCAGGCGCCCCGGACACCCACAUCCUUCUCCUGGAAGGCUUCCUGCUCUACAGCUAUGAGCCCCUGGUGGACUUGUACAGCCGCAGAUACUUCCUGACUGUCCCCUAUGAAGAGUGCAAGUGGAGGAGGAGCACCCGCACCUACACCGUCCCGGACCCUCCAGGCCUCUUUGAUGGCCACGUGUGGCCCAUGUACCAGAAGUAUAAACGAGAGAUGGAGGCCCACGGCGUGGACGUGGUGUACCUGGACGGCACGAAGCCGCGUGAGGAGCUGCUCCGCGAGGCCCUGGAGGAYAUUCAGAACUCGCUCUUGAACCGCGGCUAGGCGCUGCGCAGCCCUGCGGGCCGGAGGGAUUGCGAUUCCGGCCACAGGAGGCCAGGCCUGCGGAGUGGGGCCCGGCUGCCGACCCUCUGGGCGUCUGUACUGGGGGUGUGGUGCACCUCGAGGUGGCGCCUGGGUUCUGGGGCCCAGCCCCCCACGGCCCUGCCCCCUCACCCCAGCCUGAGGAUUAAACCCCGUCCUGUUUUGAUAAUC